AUGUUACUCGGUUAUUUUUUGAGGUUAUGGGCAGACUAUCAAGUUAUACUUUCGAGCUGUUUUAUGUUAGCAUGUGUCGUUGUACUUUAUACAACGAAUCGCAACAAAACACGGCUGGCAAAAAAGAAACACAGUUUGGAACAGACUACUGAAAAAGAGUAUACUGAUAAAAAGGUUGUUCAAGGUUUACCGACUGUUAAAGAAAAAACAACCGUGAAGGGUCUUCCAAAAAGAUUCAAACCUCGCUUAGUUAAAAAGAAUUCAGGUCAAGCUAGUAAUGGUUCAGGUGAACAAACAUCCUGUUGCAGUGGGAAUGGCGAGGAGUGUUGCAAGAAUCAACUUUCGCAAGAAAUGCCCUGCACCAUAACAAAGGAACUAACAAAAGAAUUCAUUAAAAUAUUUUAUGCUACGCAAACUAGAACAGCAAAAUAUUUUGCUCAACAACUUUAUGAGUCAUUCCUGGAGCGUUGUGAAUGCUCAAUGAUGGAUAUCAUCAAUUACGAAACUGAAGAUUUCUUGUCGGAAUCAGCAAUUUGUAUAUUUAUCAUAUCUACAUAUAAUGUUGAAGGGCCUCUUGAUUGGUUUUAUAAGUGGUUGGAAGAUACAAGAUACGAUUUUAGGGUAGAUAAACAAGCGUUAUCUAAGAUGAGGUUUGCAGUGUUUGGACUUGGUGAUUCUGCUUAUGGUGAACAAUUUUGCAAUCAACCUAGAAAUAUCGACAAAUGGUUAGGUCAAUUAGGAGCGAAACGAUUAUAUCCAUUAGGCGAAGGUGACAAAGAUUCAGAUCAAGAAAAAAGUUUUGAAGCUUGGAAACUAUCUCUUGUCAAUGUAUUAUUAGAUCCUUCAACUGCAACAAAUAAUGAUUUGAACAACCAGAUAUAUGAUUCAUACAAGUUGGUAGACGUUGAGGAUAUGGGCGCAUUAGCUCCUAAAUUACAAUCCGCGCGUAAAUCAAAAGAAGAAGAAGAACUUGCAAAUAAAAAUCGCAAUGGACAACCGAAAAGGUCUUUAAUUGAACAAGAGACUCAUACAAAAGAACCUAAGGAAAUGGUUACUCCAAUGCUCCGUAAAUCUUUGACUAAACAAGGAUAUAAAGUAGUUGGAUCACAUUCAGGUGUUAAAAUAUGUCGUUGGACUAAGGCAGUCAUAGGUGCCUUGAAACAACACCAAGUCUGGCCUGUUCAAACAAAUGUGUUUUCUGUUGGAGGCAUCAUACCAACCCCGUUGGAGUUUAUAUGGAAAGUUGAUCCACCAGAGAUGAUUUUUUCUGAAUGCCUCGAUAAUCAUUAUAAGAUGAUUAAACAAAUGAAAGGUAUACCAGGCAUUAAAGCAGAUAGGUUUCAAGAAGCAUUUAAUGUCCGUCAUUGUGCUUUAUCAUUAGUCGGGGAACCCAUAUUAUAUCCACAUAUCAAUGAAUUUGUUAAACUUUUACAUGACAAACAUAUUUCGUCAUUUUUGGUUUGCAACGCGCAACAUCCUUCACGUUUGAGGGCGUUAGAUAAAGUAACACAACUUUAUGUUAGCGUUGAUGCUAGUACAAAAGAAAGUUUAAAAAAGAUCGAUAGACCUUUAUUUAAAGAUUUUUGGGAAAGAUUUUUAGAAUGCUUAGAUAUAUUAAGUCAAAAAGGACAACGAACAGUUUAUCGAUUAACGUUGGUUAAAGAUUAUAAUACUGAAGAGAUUGCUAAUUACGUUGAACUGGUAGGACGUGGUAAACCUGAUUUUAUUGAAGUUAAAGGGGUUACUUAUUGUGGAUAUGGUGGAGCGAGUAAAUUGACAAUGGCUAAUGUUCCGUAUCAUAAUGAAGUAAUCUCCUUUGUAGAUCAACUUAAUCAACAUUUAGGAGAAACUUAUGAAGUAGCAGCAGAACAUUCACACUCAUGUUCAAUACUUAUAGCAAAUACAAAAUUUAAAAUUAAUAAUCAAUGGUAUACUUGGAUUGAUUAUGAUAAAUUUUUUGAAUUACUUGAAUCGGGAGAACAUUUCACUAGUUUAGAUUACGUUGCACCUACUCCUGAUUGGGCUUUAUUUGGUUCUCCUGAAGCUGGUUUUAAUCCUGAAGACCAAAGAUUUUAUAGAAAAUCAAAGAAAAAUAAUUCUGUUAAAAAUGGUGGAUGUUAA